AUCAGUCAUUGCAAACUCGACAUUAAUGUUUGGGACUACAUUCAUGAUCAUUCCAACUUUAGCUAAAGGUCUACUUUCCAUUCAUAUCCAAUCAAAUAAAUCCAAAACCCUGGACCUGGACCUCGCCUAUACUGAAGGUCAACUUCCAAUAAAAGCCACACUACCUCUUGUAGCACGUACAACAGCAACCGUAACUUCCUCACCACCAUCUAUCACAAAUACCCCUGCAGCAACGACUACUACAGUUGCCUUAGUUAGUACGGCUAGCCGUUCGGGAAGGGUCGGGGAUGGAACUGCAUCUACAGCAAUGAUUUCAUCUGGCAACAUCACCAGUCUUGCAACAAUUAAUAUCACAAGUAGUCAUACCCUCACAACCACCACCACUAGUCCUGACCAAAACAGCACAAUUAGCAGCAUUACCACUCAUAUUCCUGAAGAACAUAACACUAGAAUUAGCAACAUUACCACUCAUAUUCCUGAAGACCAUAACAGUACAAUUAGCAGCAUUAACACUCAUAUUCCUGAAGACCAUAACAGUACAAUUAGCAACAUUACCACUCAUAUUCCUGAAGACCAUAACAGUACAAUUAGCAGCAUUAACACUCAUAUUCCUGAAGAACAUAACACUACAAUUAGCAAAAUAACCACCCCUAUUCCUGGAGACCAUAACAGUACAAUUAGCAACAUAACCAUCCCUGCUCCUGAAGACCACAACAUUACAAUUAGCAACAUAAUCACCCCUAGUCCUGGGGACCCUAACAUAACAAUUAGCAACGUAAGCACCCAUAUUCCUGGAGACCACAACAAUACAAUUAGCAACACAACCACCCCUAUUACCCCUAUAAAUCCUCCCCAGACCAGUAGCACGACAGUCUUCCGUAAAACCUCUCCAUCAACAACUGCCUCAGUCCAAUCUAACCCCCCAGUUGCCCCUACUGAGAGAGCAACAAGCAGGUAUCAGGAUGCCACAGGCCAAACGACCAGUCAUAAGAACCCAGAGAAUACGGAGGCGACACAUAAGACCACAGAGAAUGCUGCAGCUGUAGUUGCUGGGGGUGGAGAGGGAGUCCCAGGAUGGGGGAUCGCUCUAUUGGUACUGGCUGUCCUGACCUUGUUAAUCCUCCUUAUUCUCCUAAUACUGCUGCUAGUGUGGUUGUGCUGUAGGCAGAGAUAUGGAAGUUUCAGCCCAUAUAACCAGAUCAACCACGGGGCAGACAUCCAAAUGUACUCCACACACAGCCGCUUCGACGUGCCCAACGGCAAGCCUAAUGGAAACCUGAGGCGUGGGAAACACUAG